AUGUUCUAUACUUUGAUGGAUGAUUUCUCAAUAUGUUUGCUAUACCAAGAUGGUGAUGAAUUGCUAACUCAGUAUUUGUUUGAAAUCUAUUUGUAUAUGAAAAAUUACCGUCUUGCUCGGUUCGCCUUAGAGUACAGUAUAAGUGGUUCCGAAGAGAGUGAAGAAUUUUAUGGAUUAAUUCCUGUUAAACGAUUGAAGACAAUCAACAAAGCGUUAUUCGGACUUACUCCAUCUACACAUCCUAUCAGUUAUUUCCAGAAAAUCGAGAACAAGUUUCAUUACUUAGAAUCAGUGAGAUUGGAUUAUCAAAAACAAGUAAACAAUGCUGACAAUUUACAUUUAUCUUCUUUUAAAAUUCGAUCUAAAACAAAUUCAAGCUGGUCUUCAUUAAUUGAUUCAAUAAAUGUCGAAGUCAAAGACAAUCAAGAUGAAAACAAAGCUGGAGAUACAAACCGUACCAAACUUAAGUCAUUGGAAGCAUAUUUCUUAACAACCAAUCCUAUGGAAAGAAUUAAUUUUGAUGUUACAAAUGAUCUUGAUAUGGAAGAUACUAUUGUACCUGUCAUAGAGGAAGAGAUCCCAAAAACUACUCCUGAUGAUAUAAAGGAUGAUAUCGAAAAGGAAAAUGAAAAAGAAAAAGAGAAAGAUCUACAAGAUGAAACAACACUCAAGCAAACCACGAUUCAGAGGUCAUCAAAAAGGUUGGCCAGAGACUCAGUAUCAGUUGAUUCACCAGAAGUAAUAGUUAAUGUACAGCACUUUGCUGAGACAAAAGCUUUCUUCGAUAAUCUUAAUUUGUAUUUCCAGAAAAUGAGAAUAUCAAGAUUGAAGGAUGUAACACACAUUUACGUUGAAACUGACGGUCUUCGUGGUUACAUUUCAGAUUUUGUGCUUUCUCUAAAUGAAUGGUCUAAAGAAUAUACACUGGCAUUUUUGGCUGAUGAUUCACCAAAAGGAACUGAUGAUGAUAAGUUGAAGUUGUUGGAUGUCUUGGGAACAUUUGGAGGACUAAUAAUGGAAAAAAGCUCAACAAAUGUUUCUCAAAUAGAUGAAUUUAAAGGGUGUGAUAAUGCACGGACCUUUAUAUUAAAGUCCAAUCAAGAUGACUGGCAUUAUAUGGACUUGAAAGUUAGCAUCCUUAAGCAACUAUUGACUUACAUAACUGAUGCAUAUUAUGGUGAUCAUUUAUUUAUAAGAUUAAGAGAGUGGAUCCUUCAAGUGGAUUCUUAUAUAUUGGAAAAUAACAAUAUAGACUUACAGUUUGGUGUGGGAAUUUUUGAGGUAUUAGUUGACUAUUUGAUCUCCUUAAAAAAUCAAAUUAUUCUGACUAUAAAUCAGAAUCAAAAGAGAUCAACCAAAUCAAGUAUAAACGCUAUUAGCCUUGAACUCGUAAAGGUAAUGGAUAAGUUGAAUCGAUGGAAGACACAUAUUGAUCACUUAUUAGAGACUGAGACUAACGGCGAUGAUAGCUUACUGCUUAUAUGUCGAUUUAAGUGGAGCAUAAUUCUCAAGGAAAAUGCCUUGACAUCGCUGUUGGACGAUAGCAAUUACGUAUUGGGAGAGUUACAAGAUCUUAAAAGUUUGAUCGAGCAGUCCGAUUCCCUCCUUUCUGUUAGUUUUCCAAACUUUGAUAGCAUACCGUUAUUAAACUUGAACAAUGUUACAUCACUAAUUACUAAUGUCAUUGUAUUAACUACUUUUUCAAAGCUUUUAUAUUCUAACUCAGAUUCCAGUGCUACUAUAUCUGUGUUGGAAGAAAUAUUGAUUAAUCGACCUGGAAACAAACGUGUUGGUAGCAUCUCGUUGAUUAGAAGGUUUCUUGAUGAUUCUCCAAUAGACAUGAAAUUAAAACUAUGGAAGAUAUUGUUUCUGUAUUAUAAUAACCACGACAAACUUGAAAAUUUUCAAUUUGGAUUCGAAAAGAUAUUAGAAUUUAUGUUUAAAUUUUUACUAAGCUCAGAUUACGAAUCAAUUGAACUGAUUGAGGAGAGAACUGCUACGUUAUUUAGAAUGCUUGGGUUUUAUAAUGAAAUAUUAAUGUCUUUCUUAACAAGUUUGAGUAAGAAUAGUUGGAAAUUACCUAUAGCUAGAAAAAAUAAGCAAGCCUUAGAACGUUUAUCAAAAUUAUUUGAGAUGAUUUAUCUGUUCAGUCUUCAUGAGGAGGCUUCCAUUAUAUCGACUUUAAAAAUUUCCAUUAAAACAAGAUCGACUAACACUUAUCAGAAAUUAAAGGACCUUCUUGUUAGGUCAGCUUCUAUUCUAGUAUUAUACAUGCGAAACUAUGAUACUAAGCUUAACACCCGGAACUUAAUUAGUACUAUACAUGAUCAGAUUGGUAUAAGGGGACUAUGUGAUAGCUCGGAGGGUCUAUUUUUGAAGAUGGCACAGGACUUGCUUACUUCGCUUAGUGAUUGUGAAACAGAGCUUUCACAAUUGAUAUUUUGUCGAUAUCACUAUAACGUGGGUCAUAUGAGCUCCAAAGACCACCACACGGCUUCUAAAGAGGAUCUUGACGCAAAUUCGACAAAAGAGUUGGCUAAAUUUGUUCUUCCGUUAUGUUUUACUAGGAACCCUCUUGUUCAAGUUCCAAAACAUGAAUUGAAAGCACUUGUUGAUGAAUUUUACUCAGUUAUUGGAGAUCCAGAUUUUGACUCUUGCGAGACUUUACAUAGAAAUUUUGCUUCUUUAGAUCAUUUUCUUGACAGCACAAGAAUAACUCAACGGUUUGUUCGUGAUGCAUUUUACGGACUUAUAAAUUUGGGGGUAUCAGAGCCUAGAAUUGAUUCAAAAAAAAUAAUACAAGAUGGAUUAUACUAUUUGGAAGGCCUAUUUAUUUUCAGUUCUUAUAAGGUUAGGAAAAAGAACAUGCAAAGUCGUAUAGUUGAGUUGGAGAAUGUGAUAAUGCUAUUGAAAAAUGAUUUGAUAUAUGGUACUGAUAGAAUUGGUAGUUGGUUUUUACUAGGUCAAGCGUUUGGGUUUUUGGUAGAAGAUGAUCUAAUUUGGACAUCUGACAAAUUAACGGUUGCGGAUCGUAAAAUAGGGACGUCGAAUUUGCAACGAAAAUCUCUUAUUUGUUAUCUUAUGGCCAUUAAUGCAUCCAAUAAAGAAUCAGAGCAAUCCAUAAAGCCUAUAUUAGGUAGUUUAAUGUCAUCAUUUGGAAAAGAAUUGUAUUCAGCUUGUAUGGAACCAAUGGCAAUGCAUGCUUUUAAAGUACAAGUCAACUCAAAAUUUAUCAGAAAGCCAUCAGGAGCAGCUUUUAUCAACGUUGACAAAGAAAGUAGUAUUCCUAUGAGAUUAUGCUUAAAAAUAAUGCAGCAAUGCUUUCAACUUUCUAUAAAGGCUAAAGGAGAUGAUUGGACUAAUUACUACUAUUUAGCUAAAAUCCAAAGAAAGCUUAAAAAAGACCCCUCUGUUGUGUUGAGAAAUAUCCAAAUGGCUUGUAUUUUAGCUGAAGAAUAUAGUUCGUCGUCUGAGCAUAUUAUUGAACCACAUUAUAUAAUAUGUUCGUUUAUAUAUAAAUAUGUGAAGUCUGAUGAAUUGUCAGUUGAGGAAUCUUUGAAGUUUCUUCAAGAAAAUCCGGUUAUUAUGUUAUCGUCAGAUGUUAGUGCCACAUCGAAAAUAGAGUUCUACUCCGUUAUUAUUGAUGCGUUGCGUAAAGUGGAUUCGUACGAUAAGAAGAAUUGGCAUCACAAGCCUAAUUACAGAAUAGCUAAAAUUUUGUUUGAGGAGUUUGAUAAAGUAGAAGAUGCUGUGGAGGAGAUGUCAUCAAUAAUAUCAUUGAAGGCAACAAGUAAAACAUUGGUGCUGAUAUGGAAACCAGAACAAGAAAGACCUGGGAAACAUUUCUACUACACAUAUCAAUAUUCGUCACUUUAUAUAACAUUACUAGCAAACAAGCUGGACUUGAUUAGCUUGAUACUGAUGUUGCCCAAACUUCGGAGAUCUAACUCCACUAUGGUUCUGCUUUAUACAACAUGGGAAAGUUUAUGCUCAUCUAUUUGUAAGAUAAUCAGAGCCCUGUUAGACAUAGGAGAGAGUUUUGCCUUUACUGAAAAUUUUCUACAAGUACCAUAUCAGACUUUUAUGCUUAAUGCCAAAUCAUUACUUGAUUUAAUAGAAGCUAAUGGUCUCCCAACAAAAUUGGAGCCUCAUGUCUGCUUCCUUCACGCUAUCAACGAUAUGAAAAAAUUCAAUAACGGGUUUGGUCCAACUUCUCUUAUAGAUGAUACAAUUGUGGGGAUUUUCAAUAGGAUUUAUUUAUACUAUCAUAAAGAUUUAGAUAUUGGUCAAGCUUCACAGGUUACAAAUACUACUGAGUCUCCGGGUGGUAAAAUUAAAAAGUUGGCUAAGCGUGAUAUAUUCCCGUUUGCCAAUGAUCUUUUGAAGAAUUUACGAAGAGAGAUCGAAACCAUACUAAAGGACAAGCCAAAUAUCUAUAAUGAUUUCGUUCACAGCGUUCUUACUAAAAAGCCAGAGGAACAGAAGUCAACUAACAGCGAAAGCGCUAAAGUCACCGAAUCUGAGGAUUUGAUGCCUAAUAGGAAAAGGCAAAAGAUAAACGGUCAGCCAUCGACCAUUUACGAGAUAUUGGAUUCAGAUAGUGAUGAUAAUACAAAACAUGGUGAAGAAACCCCCAUGGGUAAUAUAGACUAA